AUGUCUUCCUCUACACACUACGGAUACGGUCGCGCCCUUCAGCUCGAAUCUUUCCAGUUAGGAUCUUCUACUACUGUUCCCCGCCUCUGGGUCGGUCUUUGGCAGCUCUCGAGUACGGCAUGGGGAUCUGCUUCGGCAUCCAAAGUUCGAAACGCUAUGAUUGGACAUAUCGAGCAAGGCUUCAAUGCAUUCGGUGAGCUCUUCCCGAUCGCUUCUCGUGACGCUAGUGUGUACCGACUAUAUCAUGCUGUGUCCGUUCAUCAUCAGGCCGACCACUACGGUCCCGCCGAGAUCCUGUUCGGGCAAGUCCGCGAAUCCUUACCGGAAGACCGGCAGGUACUAGGUGCAACCAAGUGGUGCGUCUUCAAAGGCAUCAACCCUACCCGGGAGGUCGUCGAGGCGGCCGUUCGUGAGCGCAUGUCGCGCAUGCGGUCAAUCAAGUCGGUGGAUCUACUGCAGUUCCAUUGGAAUGACUACAGUAACAAGGGAUACCUCACUGCGCUGCAGCACCUUGUCGACCUGAAGCAAGAGGGCUUGAUCCUCAACAUCGGCCUGGUCAACUUCGAUUCCAUUCGCGUCGACGAGAUAUGUGCUCAGCUUGGUCCAGGUGCUAUAGCAACACAUCAGGUUCAGUUCUCACUAAUUGACACGCGCCCUCUGCAUGGCAUGAACGACGUUUGCUGCAGGCACGGCCUGAAACUACUUACGUACGGGACCCUCUGUGGGGGUUUUUUGUCGGAUAGAUGGCUUGGACAAGCCGAACCGGACCCCUACUCCGGCCAACUCACUCCAUCGCAGCGCAAGUACCUGGACGUGAUUACGAAGGCGUGGGGUGAUUGGGCUCUCUUCCAAGAUUUACUUUCCACGCUACGCGAGAUCGGUGACUUGCGUGGUGGUGCCAGCAUAGCAAACGUUGCGACGCGGUGGGUUCUCGAUCACCCCUUCGUCGGUGCGGUGCUUGUCGGCGUGCGACUAGGGGUCUCAGAACACGUCGAAGAUAACCUAAGAGUAGCCGCGCUUCGACUGGAGGACGAGGAUCGCGCGAAGAUCGAAGAAGUGCUCGAACGGUCGAACGGAAGAAGGAUGGUCACUCUCAUAGGGGACUGCGGGGCUGAGUACCGGUGA